UUCCGAGCGCGGCUCCCCGCGGCCCCUCCGUGGGCGGCGGGACUUCUUGAGCACCCCCCCGGCCCGCGCGGCCCUCCGGAAAGUGGAGGCCGACCACACCCCGGCCGCACGGACCCCGCCCUUCUGGCCUGGGUCCCGCUGCCUCACCUCUCGGAGCCUAAGUUUCUGCAGCCACGGAGUGGGGCGUGCACCCCCAGCUGGGCCCGCUUCCCAGGGCAGCUCAUUUGCAGGACCCAAAGAGAUGCUGCGCUGCUCUGCGUGAGCUGGUCAUCGAGUCUGCUGCGGCCCUUUCAGAACCUCUGGCUGGCUGGGAGCUUCACGGUGCUCCUUGCCAAGAUGAAGUGUGUCUUGGUGGCCACAGAAGGUGCAGAGGUUCUCUUCUACUGGACAGAUGAGGGGUUUGCAGACAGUCUGCGGCGGAAGUUUGGGUUUGAGGGAGAGGAGCUUCCCGCCCUGGAGGACCAGCUCAGCACCCUCCUGGCCCCAAUCAUCAUCUCCUCCAUGACCAUGCUGGAGAAGCUCUCAGAUACAUACACCUGCUUUUCAACGGAAAAUGGCAACUAUCUGUACGUCCUUCACCUGUUUGGAGAAUGCCUUUUCAUUGCCAUCAACGGAGACCGCACGGAGGGCGAGGGCGACCUGCGGCAGAAGCUGUGUGUGCUCAAGUACCUGUUCGAGGUGCACUUCGGGCUGGUCACCGUGGACAGCCAGCUCAUCCGAAAGGAGCUGCGGCCCCCUGACCUUGAGCGGCGAGUCCGGGUGUGGGAGCACUUCCAGAGCCUGCUGUGGACGUACGGGCGCCUGAGGGAGCAGGAGCAGUGCUUUGCCGUGGAGGCUGUGGAACGGCUGAUUCAUCCUCAGCUCUGUGAGCUGUGCAUAGAGGCCCUGGAACGGCAUGUCAUCCAGGCUGUCAACUCCAGCCCUGAGAGGGCCGGCGAGGAGGCCCUGCACGCCUUUCUGCUCGUGCACUCCAAGCUGCUGGCCUUCUACUCCAGCCACAGUGCCAGCUCCCUGCGCCCGGCUGACCUUCUUGCCCUCAUCCUCCUGGUCCAGGAUCUCUACCCCAGCGAGAGCACAGCGGACGAUGACGACCCUCAGCCUUCUCCCCGGAAGCCCAGGAGCAGCCAGAGCAUCCCCAUGCAGCAGGCCAGGAGCCCUGCCUCCACAGCCCAGGCCAGGAGGAGCUCCACGGCAACUGAGACCGACAGCUUCUCCCUCCCUGAGGAGUACUUCACGCCCGCACCUUCUCCUGGAGAGCAGAGCUCAGGUAGCACUGUCUGGCUGGAUGAGGGCACCCCACCCACGGAUGCUCUCCAGGUCCAGAUAGCUGAAGACACCCUCCAGGUGCUGGACUCACCCUCCCCAGUCGCUUCCGGUCCCAGAAGGAUCUUCCUGGAUGCCAGCAUCAAGGAGAGCCACUGCCCCAUGGUGCCCCACACUGCAUACUUUCUGCCCCUGUGGCCAGGCAUCAACAUGGUGCUCCUGACCAAGGGCCCCAGCACCCCCCUGGCUCUUGUCCUAUACCAGCUGCUGGAGGGGUUUUCCCUGCUGGAGAAGAAGCUCAAGGAGGCGCAGGAGACCGGGAGCACCCUGCGGUCCCACCCCCUCAUGGGGGACCUGCGUCAGAGGAUGGACAAGUUUGUCAAGAAUCGUGGGGGGCAGGAGAUUCAGAGCACCUGGCUGGAGUUCAAGAGCAAGGCUUUCUCCAGGAGCGAACCCGGAUCGUCCCGGGAGCUGCUCCAGGCCUGCGGCAAGGUGAAGCGACAGCUCUGUGCCAUCUACCGUCUCAGCUUCCUGAGCACGGCUCCAGGCCGGGGGGGCCCCCAUCUGCCCCAGCAACUACAGGACCAGGUCCAGACCAUCAUGCAAGAGAAGCUGAUGGACUGGAAGGAUUUCUUGUUGGUGAAGAGUAGGAGGAACAUCACCAUGGUGUCCUACCUAGAAGACUUCCCAGGCUUGGUACAUUUCAUCUACGUGGACCGCACGACUGGCCAGAUGGUGGCCCCUUCCCUUAGCAGCAGUAAGAGGAUUUCGUCGGAGCUGGGCAGGGGGCCGUUGGCCACGUUCAUCAGAACCAAGGUCUGGGCUCUGAUCCGGCUGGCACGCAGAUACCUGCAGAAAGGCUACACCACGCUGCUCUUCCGGGAGGGUGACUUCUGCUUCUCCUACUUCCUGUGGUUCGAGAACGAGAUGGGGUACAAACUGCAGCUGAUAGAGGUGCCCGUCCUCUCGGAUGACUCGGCGUCCUUCGGCGUGCUGGGAGGAGACUACUACAGGAAGCUCCUGCGCUACUAUAGCAAGGGACACCCUGCUGAGGCCGUCAAGUGCCACGAGCUGCUGGCUCUCCACCUGUCGGUCAUCCCCACGGACGUGCUGGUGCAGCAGGCUGGCGAGCUGGCCCGGCGCCUGUGGGAGACCUCCCGCCUCCCUGUGCUGUAGGCUGGUGCAGCCUGGGUGUGCACCCCUGGUCCCCACGCAGAACAGCCACCAGGGGUGGGACAGCCCCCUGGGUCUCUUAAAGAAACCACCUAGACUAAGGCUCCCCUCCAGGUACCAAACCCCCAAAUUCUCUUUGGAGGAGGUGGGAGGUGGGAAGGGUCCUUUGUUCUCCUUAAAACAACAGUGGCUGUGAAGGUAGACCUGGGGCACCUGCUUUCAGAGCUGCCUCUCCCUGUAUCCCCAGGAGACGGGGAGUCCCCGGUGCCUGCAGGUGUCCGAAGAUCCCUCCUUUAGGCUCCUUGGAAUGGAGAAAGAGCUUCCUCAGGAAGCCGGUUCCCUCCCCAAAUGCAGGGUGCUGCCUUGGCUGGAUGGGAGCUCCCACUGGGUCCCUUCCUCUCUGCAGUUCAGGGUGGGUUUCCUACACCUGCACCCCAUUCCCCGCCUUCGGAGGGGUAGCACCGACCUCUCAGCAUGGCUGGGUGGGCGGCCCGGGCCACGGUGUGAGCUCAAUAAACACCCCCCGUGGUUGUUGCUGUUCAGCCGAA